CAGAAGGAGAAUAUCAAAAGAAUCCUCUCUCUCUCUCCCUCCCUCAAAUCAAUCUGAAGGAAGAGAAGAAGACCGCCAUGGAAACUGUACUCGUGGACUGUGUACAGAACAGUCUCCGUCUAUUCAUGUACAAAAACGCCAUUUUCAUGUGUGAGCGUCUCUUGGCAGAGUUCCCUUCCGAGGUAAAUAUGCAGCUAUUAGCUGCCUGCUACUUGCAGAGUGGUCAGGCCUACUGCGCAUAUCAUCUUUUAAAGGGAACACAAAUGGCUCAGUCCCGCUACUUGUUUGCUUUGUCAUGCUUCCAUUUGGAUCUUCUUAAUGAAGCCGAAUCUGCACUUUGUCCUCCUAAUGAGCCUGGUGCGGAGAUCCCGAAUGGUGCAGCAGGGCAUUACCUUCUUGGACUCGUUUACAAGCUAACUGAUAGGAUGAAAAAUGCUGUUCAGCAAUUUAGGCAGGCCUUGACAACAGAUCCUCUACUCUGGGGUGCAUACGAGGAAUUAUGUGCACUAGGAGCGGCUGAGGAAACAACUACCGUUUUUGGUGAAGCAGCUGCUCUCUUUAUUCAAAAGCAGUACAUGCAACAAUUGUCAACUUCUCACAGCACAAACAUGGCCUACCGAGAACGUAAUUUGGUGCCUAAUAAAAACUUGAGUUCUGAAGAUCGUAGUCCAAGGCCAUCGAAACACACACAAGUCAAUAGCCUAAAAGAUAUCUCUGGAAAUUACCAUGCCCAUGGUCUUAACGGCGGUGCAUCGAUUAUGACAUUCUAUAAUACUCCUUCGCCAGUGGCUUCACAGCUAUCCGGUAUAGCUCCACCACCACUGUUCCGGAAUGUGCAGCCGACUGGUCCAAACCCAAGUUCCAUCACUUCUGAAAGUUCUCCAAAAUCCACAGUAAAUUCUACUAUUCAAGCACCCCGAAGAAAGUUCGUGGAUGAAGGAAAGCUACGGAAGAUUUCGGGUAGGUUGUUCUCUGAUUCUGGUCCACGAAGGAGUACAAGGUUGUCUGCGGAUUCAGGGGCAAACAGUAACCCGAAUGUUACAGCAGUUAGCGGAAAUGGAAACACCUCUUCUAAAUAUCUGGGAGGUUCUAAAUUGAGUUCUUUGGCACUUCGGUCUGUGACUGUUCGGAAGGGACACUCUUGGGCAAAUGAAAACAUAGAUGAAGGUGCGGUCCAGAAUGAACCUUUUGAUGAUUCACGGCCCAACACUGCCUCAACAACUGGAUCAAUUGCUUCCAAUGAAGCAAAAUCUCAUGAACAAGAAGCAACUGUGUCUGUUGGUGGCACAACAUUGAACGUCCGAAGAAUCACCGCUGGUGCUUCUGAAAUACUAAGCUUCCUAAAGAUCCUCGGGGAAGGGUAUAGACUUUCAUGCCUGUACAGGAGUCAGGAGGCUCUAGAUAUGUAUAUCAAGCUACCACAUAAGCAUUACAAUACAGGCUGGGUUCUUUCCCAGGUUGGAAAAGCAUACUUUGAGUUAAUAGACUAUUUAGAAGCUGAAAGGGCAUUCCGUCUUGCCCGCCAGGUGUCUCCUUAUUGCUUAGAAGGAAUGGACAUAUACUCUACCGUGCUCUAUCAUUUGAAGGAAGACAUGAAGCUGAGUUACUUGGCUCAGGAACUAAUGUUAACUGAUCGCUUAGCUCCCCAAUCUUGGUGUGCUAUGGGAAACUGUUAUAGCUUGCGAAAGGACCAUGACACAGCAUUGAAGAAUUUCCAACGAGCUGUGCAACUAAAUCCAAAAUUUGCAUAUGCGCAUACCCUUUGUGGCCACGAACUUGCGACACUCGAAGAUUUUGAGAACGGAAUGAGAUGUUACCAAAAUGCCCUUCGGGUAGAUACAAGACACUAUAAUGCUUGGUUUGGACUCGGAAUGAUCUACCUACGUCAAGAGAAGUUUGAGUUCUCGGAGCAUCACUUCAGAAUGGCUUUCCUGAUAAACCCGCGUUCUUCUGUUAUAAUGUCUUAUCUCGGGACAGCUUUACAUGCCUUAAGAAGAAACGAGGAAGCAAUUGAGAUAAUGGAGCGGGCUAUUCUGGCAGACAAAAAGAACCCUCUUCCAAUGUACCAGAAAGCUAACAUAUUAGUCAGCUUGGAAAGAUUGGAUGAAGCUCUAGAAGUUCUAGAGGAGCUGAAAGAGUAUGCGCCUUGUGAAAGCAGCGUGUAUGCAUUGAUGGGCAGAAUCUAUAAACGAAGGAACAUGCACGACAAGGCCAUGCUUCAUUUUGGUCUUGCUUUGGAUAUGAAACCGCCGGCCACUGAUGUUGCAGCCAUAAAGGCUGCAAUGGAGAAGUUGCAUGUUCCUGAUGAGAUAGAAGACAGCCCAUGAACCUUUGCUGCUCAAAAGGACCAUCGAGAAAAAGAGGCAUCUCGCUCUGGGACACACCUGACCUAGCUAGGGUUUCACAGGAUUUGAUCUUGCUUGUGCUUCCAAAGAGUGAGAAACAACCCUUUUUCAGGGUCUGAAAUCUGAAUCCAAGGACAGGGUUUAUGGCUUCAGGAUCUGAAUUUUAUAACUCAAAAACAGGGAUUUUGUAGUGUUGUCUUCAAACCCUAACACAACCACACAAGAAAGCGUCCACGUGAGAUUAAAGGUCAUGUAUCACUAUGUUAAAAUGCUUGUUAAUAGUAUUAUGAUUUUUUUUUUAUUCCAAGUUUCUUGCUUUUUA